AUGGCCAGCGCAAAGCCAUUGACAAUGUUGGCGCGCAGCCGCCCAGCAGCCACGCUGCUCCGGUCACCGCAGUUCGCGUCUGGACGCCUCCCCUCGCCCGCCACCGUCGCCUUCUUCUCUACCACUCUAUCCCGAGCCGCCACUCCAGCAGGACCCCCACCACCAGGCUUCCGGUUACCAAAGCCGAAGCGAUGGGAUGAAGGAGAAGGUGCAUUGGACCGCGCCGGCAAGUACUUCUUGCUUAUGGAGAUGUUCCGUGGCAUGUACGUGUCGCUGGAGCAGUUUUUCCGACCACCAUACACCAUCUUCUACCCAUUCGAAAAGGGCCCCAUCUCACCCCGCUUCCGAGGCGAGCACGCUCUGCGACGGUACCCCACGGGUGAGGAGCGUUGCAUUGCUUGCAAGCUGUGCGAAGCCAUCUGCCCUGCGCAGGCCAUCACAAUCGAGGCUGAGGAGCGUAUGGACGGUAGCAGGAGGACCACACGUUAUGACAUUGACAUGACCAAGUGCAUCUACUGCGGUCUCUGCCAGGAGAGCUGCCCAGUCGACGCCAUUGUUGAGGGACCCAAUGCUGAGUAUGCCACCGAGACACGAGAGGAGUUGCUUUACAACAAGGAGAAGCUGCUAGCAAACGGAGACAAGUGGGAGCCUGAGAUCGCCGCUGCUGCUCGUGCGGAUGCGCCUUACAGAUAA